AUGUCUAUCCGAUCCGCUGCCUAUAACCACGAUGAAGAUAUCCUUUUAUGUAGGGUUUAUAUCGAAACUUUUGAAGAUCCAAUUAUUGGAGUGUACCAAUCAAGUGACCGAUUGUGGUCUCGUAUUGAAGAUGCUUUCAACAAAGAAAAAUUGGAGCAUUGGGAGAUGCGUACUAAAAGAUCUAUGCAAUCCCGACUUGACACUAUCCAAAAAGCAGUAAGAAGACUUCAUGCUUGCAUAAAACAAUUUGAAAAUAUGCAUCAAAGUGGUGCUUCAAAUGAAGAUAUUAUGCUCAAAGCUAAAGUGUUGUUCACAAAAGACACGAAGUUCAAAUCAGGUUGGAAGUUCGAUCAUGUGUGGGAUAUUGCAUCCCCCGGCGUCUCCUCCUUUUCUCUUAACCUAAACGAUUCAGUAAUUGGUUCUCCGUCAGAAAGACCUAUUGGAGUGAAAAAGGCAAAACUGAAAAGAAAAAGUGAUGAUAAUACAUCAUUGCAUAUAAAUGGUAUGCAGGAAACAAGCGAAAAAAUGGUUGAAGAACUAAGAAGGAUAAAUGAACAAAUGCAAUAUCAUAAUGCAUUGAAAGAGAUAAAGGAAGAAAAUAAAAUUUUAUUGAAAGAUUUGAGUAAAAUAAGAGAUCCACAACUUCGAACAUUUAUUGAGGCUGAACAAGCACGAAUAAUGGAAAAAAGAGCUCAAAAUCAAGAUCAACCAGAUCCAUUCGCGACGGGUACAUUUUCAGAAUAUUUCAAUAAUCUUGGAGGAAGUGAUGCUAAUUUAUCCGAUUAUUAA